CACUAGGCCAACACAUGACUCAUUCUUUUUCUUAAAAGAAGAGUGCACUACUCUUGUCGUCCAUUCUCACCCUCACAGAAUCAUCAUCAUCUAGCAUCUUCUUCUUCUUCUUCUUCUUCUUCUUCUUCUUCCUCCUCGCCCCAGUCCUCAGUUACAGUCUCUCUCUCUCUCUCUCUCUCUCUCUCUCUCUCUCUCUCCCCCCUCAGUUUCUCAGCAACAUGACGAAGAAGAGCGUCAAGAGGCUCAUGAUCCAACCGGUGCGUUUAAACGAGUACAGCAUACCCAGAAUGCCGGCGCCGAUGAUGGCGAUGAAGACAUUGGCGAAGGUCUUGGCUUGGGACGACAGCGGCUUCGGGACUCCGAUCAGCAGCGUCUUCUAGGUCACCGGCGGUGAUCGGAGACAGGCGGAGGACGAGGUUGCUUCUUUCUCGAACCCUAUUUUUUUUGGAUGGAUUAUCUAAACUUGACCCUGAAAUCAACAAGAUUAAGAACAAGAGCAUUGGAUAUUGGUUUUGUUUGAUUUUGGGAGAUUUGAGUGAAAUGGUGAGAGGGGUGGAUGGGAAAAAUUUAUAUCGUUAUGGAAUUAGAAAAGAAAAUGAGAAGAGAGAGGGAGAGUUUGAAUUGACAUCAAUGUGCUUAGUUUGCUUCUUUGAACCUUGACACCUGAAUUUGAUUUUUGGACCAGAUUAGAAAUGAAAGGAAAGCUUUUUGGCACCAGAAAUAACUAUCCAAUUAAGGUGAUCAAUUGUUAAAACUUUGGGAAUAUACACCUAUAUCUUUCUCUGGUAAUUGAUUGGAUGAGGUUGUCCUUCACCACCUGAGAUUGGGUAAGAAAGCUGUGUCCUUUCUGGCUUUCUCCUUUUCCUUGGGAAAAUGGUUGCUCUGCAAAGAAAUUUAAGCAAGUUUGGGAUUAGAGGAAUUGCCAGAACCGGAAAGAUAGCUUUGAAGAGAGAAAAGUUGGGUGCUUCCGCUCCAUUUUGGCGCUUUUGGACACUUGCAUUAUGCGAAUGUUUCUGUUGGGACUCCAAGGACUUCGUAUCUUGUGGCUUUGAAAUACAUGGAUAUACUCUUAUCUAUGGCAACAUUACCACCACAGAAUUGGUAACCUUGUCUCGACCACUGUGCUUGCAACAAAUGAGUCAAGUAACUGCUUUUGACGAAUGCAAACAACUGUACAGAUGCUGCAAUAACUUGCCAAGGAAACACAAUUUCUGGAUAAACAAACAGCUUCAUUUUUGUACAUUGAAGCAGGAGCUCUUGAGGAGAAGUUAAUGUCGUUGCUUGGUGUUGAAGGACAUGUAGGAAAAUGGAGUGGAGCCUGAUCUUGUAACAUAUAAUCCUCUGAUUUUUGGGUUGUCCAAGUGUGGCACGGUUAUGGAGGCGCAGAAGUAUUUGCGGAUCAUGGUGGGCAUGGGGCUUUUCCCAACGAGGUGAUUGACGGUCUUCCUUGGUGAGCGGUUUUGGCGUGUUUUGUGAGAUUGAAGACGCAGCGGGAUUAGAGAAAAGGCUAAUAGAAGCCCACCAAGAAUAGAAACUGUAAGAGCUGCUCCGCUGGAAUACGCAGGCUGUAACCUACAGCCACUGGGGAAGUUGACGUGGCGCGGGGAGAGCCACUCAUUGGAUCAAUGUAGGGGUUCAACGUAAUUUCAUAGUUGACGGUGCCGUUAGAGUAAAAUGUUUUACAGCCCUUGUCGUCAGCCACCGCAAUCGAACUGGAGUUUCCUCAGAGGCUCAGACCCAAAAUCACUUCCCUUUCCGCAAGAAGCCGCAGAAGCAGCCAUCAAAGAGCAUAAGCGCGAAGGGCGGCUCUUACGAGAUGGAGGAGAGAGGAAACCCAGAGCGAGAGGAAAGGGAAUAAAGGGUUGUUGCUUUUAAUGGAGCCCCGUUUCAUUUAUAGCCUCUGCAGAAACCGUACCAAUAUCGGGGGUUGAGGAAAUGCUCUCUGGUUAGCGUCUCAUGCCGUCCUAUCUCCCAUCAUCUUGGCCGGUUCUGUUGUGUGUCUUGGACUAUUUGGUUGUGGUCAAAGACUCAAAGGAGUUUUGUGAUAUUGAAAACAGGCAAUCUAGGUUAAUAUGGAGAAUAAUGAAGGAGGUGUAUGCUACACUGACCAUCUGUACCACAGCUCAUUCCCAUCGGACGAAGAAGUAUCUGAUGAUGAUGGGUUAUUACAAAUUGGUGAAGAUGAGGAAGGGUUCUUUUAUGAUGGAGGAGAGAAAGGGCUUGGUCAUACAUCAGAAAAUGGUAAUGGUAAAUGUCAUUUGAUGGAUAUGGAGACAUUAGAUGGAACGAAUGUCGGUGGGUGUGUAGACUUAAAUGGCAAGGAUUACAGUAAUUUGAACAUGGAUGAUAUGAAGGAUGUUGUGUUCAGCAGCGUAUGUGAAACUGAAAAGUUCUAUCAUUUAUACUCUCGUGUUAUUGGAUUCAGCACAAGGAAGGACAGGAAGGUUAGAGCAUAUCGUUCUGAAUUUGUCAUAAGAAGAGAGUGGGUAUGUUCAAAACAGGGAAAAGCAACGAUUAACGCCAAGAGACAGGGACUGAAAGAAAAGGGGAAGACUCUGCUCCAAGCUGAGAAAAAGAAGAUGAAGAGGAAUCAAUGUCCAAGGGGUAAGAGAUAUAGCCGAGUUGGAUGCAUGGCCGGAUUUGGAAUUCGAUACUGCAAGGAAAGGAAGAAGUAUUUUGUAUCAAAGUUCAUAACCAAUCACAAUCAUGAUGUUGCUGUUUCAGAAGAGGUUCAAUUCCUUCAUUCUCACCGAGGAGUGACUGACAGCGUCAUUGCCCAGGUUGAGGCUCUACAGAAAGCACAAGUGCACAUAAGCCGGAUAUAUGAAAAUUUUGGUUCCAUGUUAGUUUUUUCUCAUUCAAAGAAUCACAGUUGGGUUAUCAAUGAAAAAGUUUCCAAGUUUAGCUGCAGUAUAGCACCUAAGUUUUUGAUCAGCAAUGCUGACACUGAUAUUUUGUUACUUAGCAAUGGGACCUCUGGGGUGGAGUGGUUGUAUCCAAUGGUUUCGAACCUAACAGUUCAAACUCUUUGGGAGAGCAUUACUUUGUUUUAGUUACUUCAAUACUUGAUUUUUAUGUAUUGGUUUUAUUAUUUAAGAGGAGUGACUUCUUUAAAUGUGACCUAUUUAGACAAGCUGAGGAGAUCUCACCAAAACCUCCAAAAUGCUUUGUUUGUGAUAAAAGCCUUCAAUUCCAGAUCAUUUACAUGCACCAACAUUAUAGUAA